CAACAAUGGUCCAAGUGGAAGCAAUCAAUUCAUGUGGUAUUUACUACAUUGCUGACAAGGAAAAAGAAAAAGAAAACAAAGCAACGAGAGCAAAUGGAAAACCUGAAGAGGUCGUGGUUCUUGUUGUUCCGGAGGAUGCCAAUAGGAAUCGAGAGAAAAAAAUCUACAGUUUGGAUGAAGUUAAGGAUAUUCAAAGCAAGUUAAUGUUAAUUGCAGGAAAAGCAGACAAUGGAAAGGAAGAAGUCGAUCAAUUCAAUGAGGUUGUUGAAGGAAUUUUGAGACUAAAUAAACUUUAUUUGCAACUUUGCGAUGUGGGAGAAAUCAAUUAUCUCGACUGGAAAUCUAAGUUUCAAUGCAGUAAAAAGAACAACAGAAUCACGAUCUUCUCUCCAGCAUUAACGAAUGUUGUGAAAACAUGGAAAAAGAUUUAAAACAAUGGAAAGAAACUAUCGAUGAAAAAAGAUUGCAUUACUACUCUUUAAACCAUUUUACUAUGAAGCAGAUUUUAACCUUACGAAAGGAACUUGCCAAAGCUUGUGUUGGUGAAACUGCAGUCAAUGAACUUCCAUGGCAAAUAUUUGUGCUUCUUGAAACAGUUAAGAAUAACAUUGAUCCGAUAACACUUGCAAAUGUACUUAAGUCAAUGAUUCCAGAGAAUUCUGUGUAUUUAAAAGAGGAAGAAGAUUUGAAAAAUGUGGAUAAACCUUUUGACAGUGACGAGGACGGUGACGAUGAUACGGAUGGCGAAAAUGAUACAACAUCACAUGCACAUUUACGAAGACAAAAUUCCUUUGAAGUGCUUACUUCUGUUAAAGAUAUUUUAGAAUGCCAGGGCUAUGAUGAGGAAUGCAUACUAGCUGCUCUACAAGCUUGUGGUCGUAAAGCAACAAAGGACGAUCUUCUUGCAUGGGUAUUUGACUGUAAUGAUGACGAAGGUGACAUCUUGGCUUUAUCACAAGAAGCAAAACAAAAUCCUUGUCUUUCUGAUCUUAUAACCAAAGUAUUUGGCAAUAACUCUGACACUGCAAAUGAGGAUAGUUUUUUGGAAUUCUCUAAACCUACAAGAUCGAUUCAUGAAGAACAAAGCAUCUCUCCACUCACCAAUUUCAAUGAACCGUACGUUCAUAACGAGGAUGACAUAUAUUUGUCGUUAGAGGUUUUAGCGGCUGUUUUGGAAAUGAUUUCAAAAACAGAGUAUAACCAAGUAAAUCGACGAUUUCCUCCAGUUUUCAAAGAAGGAGAGCCAAAUCUAGCGCUUGUCUCAAAAGGUGAAGUUUUUGGUUGCGUGCUGUCACUUUUCAUGGGAAGUGAAAAUCAAGCAUUACCAAGUGAUGAAGAGGUGGUUGUUUGUGAUGAGAACACGACAUCAGAAGAGAUUGAGCUACUUUGGCGUAGAGCUGUAUUGGACAAGGCUGGUCGAUUGUUUUGUCUUGUUAAUGCAGAUCUUUUGGACUUUGACGUCAGUCAAGAAGCAAUACGUUUACUUCAUUUUUUAACCCAAGGACGAUCCAAAUAUCACUUGGUCGUAAUAUGCAGUAUCGAAAAUGAUAAAUCAAAUAUGGUGAGAGCAUUAGAUCCCUAUCGUCGCUCAUUUCCCUUGCUUACGCCAGUAAAAGGUGUCCAAAGAUACUUGAAAGAAAAACUUGCAGGUCAACUUAACCACAAUACUUGCAUUCCAGCAGCUAUUGUAGAUGAAGAAAACUUAUCUGUGCGUUUUAUCCAGUCAUCUAGAGCAGGAAUGGGGAAAAGUUUGAUUGUAAAACGUCUGACUAAACAAUUAGAAACAAUGUCAAGCACCAAAAAGAAAAAUUCCAGAAAUUUCCAAUCAUCGUUGUGCUGUACUGUCCCAGUCCAUGGCGUGUGUGUUGAUGGCAAUGCUAUCACUCGUCACCUUCUUUCCCAUGCUCCAAAAAGAGAUGCUCCUGUUUCAAGAAUUUUUCAUAUAGACAUUUCUCAAUCAGUUUCAACAGGGCUUGAUGACUUCUUGUUUAAACUGCUGAUUCUUGGAUCUGUCAAAGACAACAAAGGAAAUAUUUGGCGAAGGAAAACAACCGAUUUGUAUAUUGUUGAACACACAACUGACAAGACAUUUGCGAUGUUAACAUCUGAUAAUUUUCUUACACAUCAAAAUCCGAACUCACGAAACCGACCGUCAAGUGGCAAGUAUUCGUUCAUGAAGUUUUUACCACGUAUCCAUUGUCUUUCACCAAGGGAAACAUUAAGAAAUUUGAAAUUACAAAGACAUGGAGAUACGAGCUUCGACAGAGAGCAAUUCAACAGUGAUGAAUAUCAACGAGCUUUCCAAUAUUUAAUGCAUGUAUCCACUGGUGCUAAUUUGGACAAUUUUUCAUACAUCAAUGAUCCUCGUGUUGCUGUAAGCGAUCCAAAUAAAGCGUUGACUAUUUUAAUCCAAUACUGUGGAAUACGCGAUCCAUCAUGGGCCGAACUUCAUCACUUUGCUAACUUUUUAAAUGUUCAAUUACGUGAUUGUGAGAAAAGUUUGUUGCAAGGCUUCAAGACGUUUGUCGUGCGUUUUAUGAUCAAAAUGUCACGGGACUUCGCUACCAGAUCGCUAAGUGAUCGCAAUUUGGGUAUCGUUGAUGCUGAUGAGGUGGUAAAUGACGAUCUAGAGCCCUUUCAAAUACGUCGACGUUGGGAAUUAAGUCCGCAUCCAUAUAUUUUCUUCAACCAUGAUCGUCACAGUAUGACGUUUCUGGGAUUCUUGUUGAAUGAUAACGGAGACUUGCUGGAUCCUGGAAAUGGAACUAUUUUAGAACAACGCUUGAUGCCAGCCACUUUAAGAGGUCAACUGAAGGAGCAAGGAGUAGAUUUUGAUGUAAACUACGAAAUAAGUGGACGUGAUGUGAGGAUUAACGACUUAAGUCAAGUAAUGGGAAUUCAUCAUCCUCAUGAUCCUGAUCCAACGUACGAGCUUACCACUGACAACGUUAAGAAAAUUUUGGCCAUUCACAUGAGAUUCAGAUGUGGCAUUCCUGUCAUUAUCAUGGGAGAAACGGGUUGUGGUAAAACAAGAUUGAUACGAUUUAUGUGUCAGCUUCAGGCUGGACUUGAUGGACCAAAGAACUUACUUCUCAUGAAGGUUCAUGGCGGAACAAGCUACGACGAAAUAGAGAAGAAAGUUGCCGAGGCGGAAAUUUUGGCUUCAUGUAACCAAAAAAUAAAUGUUGACACAAUUUUGUUCUUUGAUGAAGCAAAUACAACAGAUGCAAUCGAUCUCAUCAAAGAGAUAAUGGUUGAUCGACGAGUGAAGGGACGAUACAUCGAUCCAAAAUUGACUAGUCUUCAUUUUAUUGCUGCGUGUAAUCCAUACAGGAAACACACUGACGAGAUGAUUAAAAAAUUGGAAUCAGCUGGUCUGGGUUACCAUGUUUCUGCUGACGAGACUGAAGAUAAACUAGGCUCCAUUCCUCUCCGCCAGCUCGUGUAUCGUGUCCAUCCUUUACCUGAAAGUAUGAGACCUCUUGUGUGGGACUUUGGUCAGCUGACAGAGCACACUGAAGAACUAUAUACCAGACAAAUAGUGAAGAGAUAUGUAUCCACUCCUUCAAUAAUACCGACAUCUGCUACAUCCGAUGAAAAAAUAAGUGGAAACGAUGUCCAAGCUUCAUGUAUUGCUAAAGUUUUGUCAUCUUCCCAGAAAUACAUGCGGGAGCAAAAGAACGAAUGUAGCUUUGUCAGUCUUCGUGAUGUUGAACGAACAAUGACAGUAAUAAACUGGUUUUACCACAAUUAUGAUUUAAUAAUGAAAAUUGUUGAUGAUUCUCAUCGAGAGGAAUAUGAUUCCAGUGACAGUGAAGAAGAAGAUGAGGAAAGUUUGCCUUUAAAUCGUAUUGUAUUUUCCAUCGUCCAAGGUAUUGGUGUUUGUUAUUAUGCACGACUAAGUGAAAGAAAGUCGUAUUGCCGGUACAUUUGUGCCUUUUUUGACAAAUCAUGCCCACUUCCUGGAGGUGGUAAAAGGAUGGAGGAUGAAAUAGUAAAGUGUCAACGAACGUUUUUGCACGAUGUGGAACUCGGCCAGAGUAUUGCAAGAAAUGCUGCACUUUGUGAAAAUGUUUUUAUGAUGGCGAUAUGUGCAGAACUACGAAUCCCAUUGUUUGUGGUUGGUAAACCAGGCAGCUCAAAGUCUCUAGCAAAAGAUAUAAUAUCAACCAACAUGCAAGCUGGAAAUUCUAACAGCGAACUGUUUAAGAAUUUGAAACAGAUUCACAUGCAAUCGUAUCAAUGCAGCCCUUUAUCUACACCUGAUGGCAUCGUCUCCAUCUUUAAACAAUGUUCCCAACUUCAGAAAGACAAAGAUUUGAGCAAGUUUGUCUCCGUAGUUGUGUUAGACGAGAUUGGUUUAGCAGAAGAUUCACCAUUAAUGCCACUGAAGACACUUCAUUCAUUACUUGAAGACGGUACAGCCACUUCUGAAGGAUCUGGAAAGACACUUGAUCAUAACCGUGUAGGUUUUAUUGGUUUAUCAAACUGGGCGUUGGACCCCUCAAAAAUGAAUCGUGGAAUAAUGUUGAGUCGAGGAACCCCAAGCAAACCUGAACUUCUGAACAGUGCAAGGUUUGUAGUAGACAUAGCAAUUUAAUUUCAAUAAACUCUCAUUUAAAAAUAUGAAAUUGAUCUUACAUAACUGGUCACCUGUGAUCUUGUCUAAAAUACAUUUUCAGUAUGUUUUUUAUGAAUUCCAGUGAAAACUUUUAUGACUGUUACUUCAAGAACUGUAAACGCUUAUAAAACAUUCUGUUGAAUUUUGUAGCAACCACCACCUUAACGUAUUGCAA